UCUGUGAAAAAAAAUUAAGUAUGAGUGAGCGGCCUCCCCGGCAAAUGUGACGGUCACAUUUUCCGUCAGCUCCGCCGGCUCCCGCUCUACUGCAGUAACUGAAGGGAAGUCCCUCAAGCGCCGCCUCUGCCGUGUGAGUUAAGAGCCCCUGUAAUCUGCUCUGGGCUGCUCCACUCACGCUUUCCCGGGUGCCGCUGUCCGUGUUCGCCUGCUGCCGCCCGUCUCUGCGUCCCGCUGGUAACAUCUCCGGAGGGGGUGAUCAGCUUGAGCUGCUCUCGAUGGCUCCGCCUCCCUGGCCGUCACUCACCAACAGGCCGCUCCUCUCCUCUCCCUCCGGAUCUCUGCGUCACUGCCAGCCGCCUCAGCUCAGCUCCUCACCACCGCCGCUGGAGGCUUGCGUCCCGGGUCCCGCCGGCGUGGAUUUUCCGCUCACUGCUGCCGAGGGAGAGCUCACAUUGCUACUGCUGCUGGGUGCCAAACACCGGAUGGCUCCGCCUCCCUGGCCGUCACUCACCAACAGGCCGCUCCUCUCCUCUCCCUCCGGAUCUCUGCGUCACUGCCAGCCGCCUCAGCUCAGCUCCUCACCACCGCCGCUGGAGGCUUGCGUCCCGGGUCCCACCGGCGUGGAUUUUCCGCUCACUGCUGCCGAGGGAGAGCUCACAUUGCUACUGCUGCUGGGUGCCAAACACCGGGGAUGGUCCAAAAUUCGGCUACAGGAAAACGAUGAUGGUGAAGAGGUGAUCUGGCAAGAAGAUGAUAAGGACCAGGAGGAUGGUCCGGAGGAGGAGGAGGAUGGUCCGGAGGAGGAUGGUGAGGAGGAGGAGGAGGAGGAGGAUGGUGAGGAGGAGGAUGGUGAGGAUGGUGAGGAGGAGGAUGGUGAGGAGGAGGAUGGUUAG